UUCCUCUCUGCCGCUUUUACAUCGUUCUGCUUCCAGAAGGACCGGGGCAGCUGGAUGAUGGCGCUGUCCGUGCUGCUGCUGCUGGAGCUGGGGCUGUACGUCAGCUGUUUCAUCUGCGGGAUCGUCACCGCCGCCUCCAUCACUAUAGUCCAGGGUAACUUCGGCGGGCUGUGCAUGCUGUACGGACGCGUCACCUACAAUGAGUCGGCCAAACUCAUCGGGGUGCAGGCUUCCAGCUCCGCCUCUAUCUGCUACUUUGUGUCGGCCAUAUCCAUCCUGGUGGCGGUGUUGUGUUUGUCCCUCUCCCUGUCCUGGGCGUACACUCUGUGCACGGAGCGAGACACCAGAAGGGAGCGCCUGUGGAUGAACUUGAUCAUCAUAGUCAGUGGCAUCUUCCUCUUCUUCCUGCUCAUCACAGGAUGCAUGCUGAAGAUUGGACGGGACUCGCUAUGCGACUCAAUCCAGCAGACUGUUCACAACAUCACCUACUGUAUCGAUGCUCAGGCCUUGAAGUGGAUCAGCCCACUGCAAGGAGACAAAUUCUACACCAAUAUGUACAAAGCCGAGACGGCGGUGUGGGUCAACUUCUUCUUCUGGAUGAUCAUCGUGGUUCUGGUGUUCAUCCAGAGACGGCAGACCUCCGGGUCAAAGUUGAUCACCGGGGGCUUCGCUGGGCCAACUGAAGGGCUUUUUGGCGAGCCCAGUGCGACUCCAUCAGAGACGGAACCGUUUUUCAGACCGCAGUGAACCCAUACAACGUGAAUACUAUCGCUCUGGGGGGAAAAAGCAUUUACAGUAACUACAUUAACCAAACAUGACAACGGUACAUUAUAACACCGAUAAAACCAUCAGAUUGGAACUAAGAUGGAUCAGGUUGAAGUGCUCUCUGAACUGAAAAAACAGAGAAUCCUGCCACAGAUUCCAAAUCUCACUUAAAAAAAAAAAAAAAACAACAAAAAAAACCCUUUGAAUGGAGGUUUCAUAAACCAACAGUUUGCUACCAAAAGCAGUUUUAUAUCCCAUUGGUGUUUUUCUAAGGCCUGUUAAUUUUAAAAUGUUGAAUCUGCGCGUGCUUCAGCUGAAUAAAUCGUAUAUAAUUUUUGUGCUACGUAUUUAUUUAGUUUGUCUUUAUUCAAUCCAGGGAUUACUGGAAUUUCUGCACUAUAAGGCUCGUUUAGCCAGACAAGAGUCUGACAUAAGUUAGUCAGACUUUAUUACCUGCGUUGACAUAACGCUAGAACUUAUUUGUGACACGCUGCACGUUAGCCAUGUUGGAAGCCAUUAUUAGUGUAUUUGCAAUACCUGGAACUCCAUUCCUUGUUUGCAACAUUUAAGAACAGACUGAUACUGCUAAGACAAACGUUACUGCGACUACGCUAACCCUCAACGGUCCAACCCCGUACCCCUCAGUGUCUUCACAAUAACACCCAACCAAACAUUUAGACGAUGGGCUGUGUUCCCCUCAAAAUUACUUCAAAAUCUGUAAAAACAACCAGAAUUAUUCCAUAUAUAAGGCACUGUGGAUUAUAAAGCGGAGUCAUUUUUUGAAAAAAAUUGAAGGCUUUUAGGUGCGCCUUGUAGUGCGGAAAAUACUUUAUUUUGAAACUUUUCUCAGAAAAAGGAGCUAUGAACGUGCAGAUUCAAACAUAUUGUUGUUGGGAGUAACGCACACAAGCAGUACAAAUGAGUCUACAUAAAAGCUGUGAAAUGUUUGGAUUUGGUGCCAACAAAUGGAUUUAUGGGCCAAAACUGAAGAAAUCUUUAGCAAUGUCUCCCUCUGCUGGCCAACAAAGAAACGACUGGCAUUUAAACCCCCUUGUCUUAGUUGUAAAUGCUUGUGCUGCUUUUCUGAUGCCUUUUUUUUAAAUAAAGUUGAAGUCUGG